AUGUACAGUCCAAGCACCAUCGCUUCCCUCCUUCCCUUUCUCUCUGUUGUUCUCGCUCAACCCCUCCAAACCCGCGAUGCUCCCCAGUUCAUCAUUACGAGCUUAGGGGCCACCUUCCCGGAACCUGGGCCUUUCGGCGACGAAUCCGUCGACUCCUCUGUCAGUAUCGCAGUGACUUACCCAGACCCUGCAUCAACGAGCAGCGGCACUCUUGACACAACAUGCCGAGUCGGUUGGCCUUCUGGUACCAAUCCAGGCCCGACAGCCUGGACGCCGUGCGCCAACCCUGCGUUGCAAUUCCGUCUGCCUACAGAUGGAUGGACGAGCACCAGGAACUUCCGUGUUGAAUUAUGGGAGACCCUGACGGCUGAUGGCGCGGGUCUAGAUGGUACACAACUUCUCAAGUCAAACCCUGGUAACCCCAGCGACCCAGACACAUACAUGUUCUGUGUUCAAAGGGGCAAGUUCAACCCGUUGACUUGCAACUUGACUGGCCCUUUCGGCACGUCGGCAAGGACUGUCGUUAUUCCCGCCUCCGAGGGGAGCACGAGGCCAAACUAG